UGCAUUACUUUGGGAGAGCUUUUAUUUAAAAAAAUAAAAAUAAUGCUGCGCAAAACAAAGCUGUAAAUCUUCGACUACCACAGAAAUUUAUUUCAAAAAGAACUAAACAUUUCUACUUAAGACAUCCACGUGACAGCUAACAUAAGGAUUGCAGUGGAUUCAAAGCAGGAAUAUACAUUUUAUUCAAUACCAGAGACUGUUUGCAGAUCCACUCUUCAUUAUGAAAAAAAACCCUGUAACAUAGGUACGUAUAAAUUUAUAUUUAUCAUAUGCAUAACAGUAUAUAAAAAUACCAUUUAGACUAAGUCUAUAAUUAGACAAUGAUGAUUUUUUAAAAGCAUGUAAUUUAGAUAUCUUAAUUUUUUUUUUUUUGCAAUUAUCUUGAUAUUAGAAACCAUAGCAGUCUUGCAAGUAGUACUUUUAGCAUGAUGAGGCAUAUUAAUAUUUGGAUAGUAGUAAAAAACAUAGAUUUCAUAAUAUUACUGGUAGGGAUUUACUCUUGAAGAAGGGAAGCUAUUAAGUAUUCUGAGGUCUAGUGAAUUUAUUGUUCAUUUAUAAAGGCUGCAACUUUAUGAACGUUUUUCCGUGAUCUCAUGAGGUUUUCCAUAUUAGCCAAAGGUCUUUUUUCUAUAAGAAACAUGGUUUAAUCUGAAGGUUGGUACGUUGGCUAGUUCCAUUUUCCACAUUACUUUCAGAUAAACCCAAAUACUGAAAUAUAUUGGCCAAAUCCAGACAGAUAUUUUUGACAGUGGCCUGGACUGUGUCUGUUUUGAGAUGAAGAAGGUGAGAAAAUGUCCAGUCUGGACAGGCACCAGACUCUUUCUUCAGGAGAUGCUGGGAUGCUCACCCUGGAAAUUAUAAGGGAUAUGAGAACUGAGUUCCAAGUUUAAUACAGGAUGACGCAGGUGGCGGAGAAAUAUUUUAUGAAGGGGAAGGGAAAAAAACACCCAGAUGACAAAUCUUGUAUUUUACAGACUGACUGAAAUAAUUUUAUUAUACCUUUUGGAACAUAGCUAUGGAGAGUACAUGUUAUACUGAAUAUUAAAGAAAACCCAAAAAUCUUGCAUAUAUAUUUGCGGAGUCUCCAAAUGUGAAUAUUAUUAAUAAUUAUGCUCUAUAAUUUCAAUGGAUAUUUGGAGCACGGUGAAGAAUCAAUAAGAACUUAUUACGUGAUGGCAAAUGAGAAAAAGCAGCCGUUGAAGUCCGAUAAAGGUAUUCUUUAAGCCUGUUAUUGAAGACCUGAGCAUGGAAUUGGCCAGAAAAUGCACUGAACUCAUUAGUGAUAUCCAUUAUAAAGAGGAGCAUAGGAAGUCUAAGGACAAGUGUACGUUUGUGACCGACACGCCUAUGCUAAACCAUGUAAAAAAUAUUGGCGCUUUUAUUUCUGAGGCAAAAUACAAAGGCACCACCAAGGCGGACCUCUCAAACUCUCUCUACAAGCAGAUGCCAGCCACGAUCGACAGCGUCUUUGCAAGAGAAGUUACGCAGCUUCAGAGUGAGGUUGCCUACAAGCAGAAACAUGAUGCUGCCAAAGGAUUCUCAGAUUACUCCCAUAUGAAGGAGCCACCUGAGAUCAAACAUGCCAUGGAGGUCAAUAAACACCAGAGUAAUAUUUCUUAUAGAAAAGAUACGCAGGACUCCCACGUGUAUAGUGCAGAGCUCGACAGACCAGACAUCAAGAUGGCAACGCAUAUCUCCAAGAUCGUCAGCAAUGCAGAAUACAAAAAAGGGCAAGGAGUAAUGAAUAAAGAGCCUGCUGUAAUUGGAAGACUGGAUUUUGAACAUGCUGUUGAAGCUUCUAAACUUUCUAGUCAAAUUAAAUACAAAGAAAAAUUUGAUAAUGAAAUGAAGGAUAAGAAACAUCAUUACAAUCCCCUCGAAAGUGUUUCUUUUAAGCAGAGUCAGCUUGCCACGGAGCUGGCAAGUGAUCGAGAAUAUAGAAAACUCUUUGAGGAAAACAAAGGAAUGUAUCAUUUUGAUGCGGAUGCCGCCGAACACCUGCACCACAGAGGCAACGCCACCCUCCAGAGCCAGGUUAAGUACAAAGAAGAAUAUGAGAAAAAUAAGGGGAAAUCGCUGCUUGAAUUUGUUGAGACACCAUCAUAUCAAGCUUCAAAGGAGGCUCAGAAGAUGCAGAGUGAGAGAGUUUACAGAGAGGAUUUUGAGAAGGAGAUUAAAGGAAGGUCAUCAUUGGAUUUAGACAAGACUCCAGAGUUUUUACAUGUAAAGUACAUCACCAACCUUCUGAAGGAGGUAUGAUCCUGAUAUUUACCAUUAAAUAUUGCAAAAGAGACUAAAAAUGAAAGAAAUAAUGCUGAAAGUAUUUACUUAUCAAUUCUCUACUAAUUCAAUGAGUUUCAGAUAUUAAUCUGUUACUUUUCCCCUCACUUUGACCUUUACUAAUAGAAUUUUAAAUUUUCAUGUUAGAACCAGCUCUUUCUUAAACUUCCCUGCAGCAUUCUCGUGACAUUUGAUGUUAGAAAUAAGAUGCUUAUGUGUGAAAGUCUGAAUAAAUGGUACAUUAUUUAUAAGUGGUUUGUGUUCUAAGUAGGGAAAAUAUGUUUAGCAUAUAGAACAA